GGAAAAUUAUGGAGGUUACACCCUUAAAUUUAUAGUGGGAGAGGGAAAUGGCUUUAACAAACUGGGAAUUUGGAGUACUGUAAGUCCUGACCAGGAGAAAGCUGCUGGACACAAACCAAGGGGACAGAUCGUGGAAAUGGGCUCUGUGAGUAGGAUCAGCAUUGGGGACGAAUGGGGAACCACGGGCCCAGUGUGGAAAGGGAGAUUUGGCACUGGGGGAAGUUUUGAUGAGAGUCAGAAAAUAACAACUGAGAGACCAGACCAGAAUUUCAGUUCCAGCGAGGCCGAAUUUCAGAGAAAGGUCGAGAGGAUUGUAGACAAAAGGAAGAACAAGAAGGGCAAAUGGGAAUAUCUUAUCAGGUGGAAGGGCUAUGGAAGCAAUGAAGACACCUGGGAACCUGAACAUCAUCUCCUGCAUUGUGAGGAAUUCAUUGACGAGUUCAACAGACUCCACGUGAGCAGAGAAAAGAGAUCCAGGCACGGCAAACAGCCCAGCACGGCCAAACUGCUGCGGGAGAGCCGAGGCUCAUCCGUCGAGAAAAUAUCCCACAGACCUUCUGACUCUGGGAAGUCGAAAGGAUCAACACACAAAAGGAAGAGGAUUAAUCCAUCUCACCAAAAACAGAAACGAGGCUACGCGGCCAAGCCGGGCUCUGCCGGUGACAGGGCUGCUAAAACCGUGACUUACCGAACUACUCCCAGCGGCUUGCAGAUCAUGCCACUGAAAAAGCCCCACAAUGGCCUGCAGAAUGGAGAUGGCAGCCACGAGAAGGAUUCUAGACAUUUUGGGAAUGGCUCACAGCAGCAAAACACGGAUUUAAAUGAUCACGAGGGAGAGCAGAAUUUGCCCGGCGUGCUGGACGUCAGUCCCGACCCCCCCGUGGUGAAUGGAAUUGGUUCUUCUCUGGCCAAUGGAAGCCUCAACCUGCACAGCACUGUGAAAAGGAAACUAGAUGGGGAGAAGGAUUAUGUCUUCGAUAAGAGACUGAGGUACAGCGUGAGGCAAAACGAGAGUAACUGCCGGUUCAGGGACAUUGUGGUCCGGAAAGAAGAAGGUUUCACACACAUUUUGCUGUCAAGUCAGACUUCAGAGAACAAUGCACUGACCCCAGAGAUCAUGAAGGAAGUUCGGAGAGCAUUGUGCAAUGCAUCAGCUGAUGACAGUAAACUCUUACUUCUCAGCGCAGUGGGAAGUGUUUUCUGUAGUGGCCUAGAUUACUCAUAUUUAAUUGGCAGGUUAUCCAAUGACAGAAGAAAGGAAAGCACUAGGAUUGCAGAAGCUAUAAGGGAUUUUGUAAAAGCUUUUAUUCAGUUUAAGAAGCCAAUUGUGGUUGCUAUCAACGGCCCUGCCCUUGGGUUAGGAGCUUCUAUUUUACCCCUCUGUGAUAUCGUUUGGGCAAGUGAGAAGGCUUGGUUUCAGACACCAUAUGCAACAAUCCGACUCACUCCAGCUGGCUGCUCAUCAUACACAUUCCCCCAAAUUCUGGGUGUGGCACUGGCAAAUGAAAUGUUGUUCUGUGGGAGAAAGCUGACAGCACAGGAGGCCUGCAGCAGAGGACUGGUGUCACAAGUGUUCUGGCCAACAACAUUUAGCCAAGAAGUGAUGCUGCGGGUGAAGGAAAUGGCAUCCUGCAGUGCAGUGGUAUUGGAAGAGUCCAAAUGCCUCGUGCGGAGCUUCCUGAAAUCCGGGCUCGAAGAUGUGAACGAGAAGGAGUGUCAGAUGUUAAAACAGCUGUGGAGCUCCUCCAAAGGACUGGAUUCCUUAUUCAGCUACUUGCAGGACAAGAUUUAUGAAGUCUGACGUCCUGGCCCGAGUCAAAGAGGAGGCGCUCCCGCUGUGAGCAGAG